AUGAAUGUAGAUCAUGAAAAUGAUCCAGCUCCAAAACAUUUACAUUCUGGCCCUAAAACUGUUGAAAUUGCUGUUUAUAUUGCUGCUGUAGUUUUAAAUGAUGGAUUCAAAGGCAUUUUGAAGAUGAUGAGGAUAUUAGAUUUGCAAGUCGGUAAUGUUACAGCCAGUUAUGCGAAAACAGUGGACCAAGAGCGAGUCAAGCGGCAAGAUGCUCGAAGUGAGAGUUGCUCAAAAGAAGCUCGAUUAUUGAAGAAAAUGAAAAAUGCAGCGGAAAAUGUGCACUUAGAAAAGUCAGAAGAUUUGCUCUAUGGACCAGGCAUUGCAGUCCAAGAUUUUGACAAAGUCUGGCACCAAGGACUUUUAUACAAACUUAAUAAAAUUUUACCAGAACAACUCUACUUGUUACUAGAAUCUUACUUAAACUCCAGAACGUUCAAAUGUGGUAUGCUUGAUGCUGGAGCUGACGAAACGCAAAUUAAUACGAUAUUGUCAGAGCUCAACAUUCGUACUAUAUCUCAAAGUACGCUAAAGAAACAUGAAAGAACUGUGGGUGUCACAAUUUCAGAAAAUGAAAAUUAUACUGAUGCGGUGCCAAUUAUUUUUGACUUGAAAACUACUGGUUGUAGUAAUCUUGAAAUAACCCAAAUUGCUGCCAUAGUUGGCGAGAGAUCAUUCUGUGAAUACAUAAUGCCAUCAAGAGGUAUCCCGUCAAAAGUUUCAGAAAUUACAGGGAUCGCAUUAGUAAAUGGAGAGAUCUUUUCGAAUGGCCGGAAGGUCAAUACUGUGUCUAUAAAAGCGGCGUUAAAUAAUUUCUUGAAAUUUCUUCAAGAACAAGGCACUACUAUUAUUCUUCUAGUACAUAAUUAUUUCCGGUUUGAUGCCAACGUUUUAUUACACCACCUUAAACAAAUAAGUAUGUUGGAUGAAUUCAAGAUCGCUGUUAAAGGUUUUGCAGAUUCAUUAUUAAUUACCAAAAAAAUUGUGCCGGAUCGCCAGGAAGAGAAAAAAAAGUUUAGUCAGGGUACACAUACCAUGGACUUCUUAGGUGCUCAGUAUUUUCAAGAGCUCAUAAUGCGUUAG